AUGUCUACUGACAAUGAAAAUUUCUUUCACAAGCAUAGGGUGGGUGAGGAUAACAUAUUAAAGGAUGUGAUGUGGGUAGAUGCUAGGAGUAGAGCUGCUUACGAAGAGUUUGGAGAUGUUGUAGUGUUUGACUCCACCUACUUAACAAACGAGUAUGACUUGCCAUUUUCUAACUUUGUUGGGGUUAAUCACCAUGGUCAAACCAUUCUGCUUGGGUGUGCAUUGUUAUCCCAUGAAGAUUCAGAGACCUUUGAAUGGUUAUUUACCGAGUGGUUGUCAUGUAUGUCUAACAAAAAACCCAUUAGUUUUCUUACUGACCAAGACGCUGCCAUGAGGAAGGCCCUACGAGAAGUAAUGCCUGAUGUCCGACAUCGAUGGUGCUUGUGGCACAUACUUACCAAGUUCAGUCACAAACUUGGAAAAUACAAUGACUAUGAGCUGUUCAAAGUUGAGCUUCAUAAUGUGAUUUACAACAGCCUUACCAAGAAUGAAUUUGAAGUGCAAUGGACUGAUGUAAUCAAGAAGUAUAAACUGGAGGGUGAGAUUUGGCUUGCAGGAUUAUACCAUGGAAGGGAAAUGUGGGUGCCUGCAUUUAUGAACGGGAUGUUUUGGGCUGGAAUGAAGAGCACUCAAAGAUCCGAAAGCAUAAACAGGUUCUUUGAUGGGUUCGUUGAUAAGCACACUCGAUUGUUUGAGUUUGCUCCAUUUUAUAUUAAAGUAGUGGAAUCUAGAGCUAACGAUGAGCAACAGGCUGAUGCAGCUGACCAAAGGGCAGUUCGCCCGUUGGCCACCCAAUUUAGUGUUGAGAGAGCCUUUAGAAAGGUGUACACAGAUGCAAAAUUCCUCGAGGUUCAAGAGCAGUGCAAUCGUGUACUGUACCUUACUUCUCUUGAGACUACUAUGGUGUCAGCUGAAGUUGCACAUCAUAAGCUGGAGGACAGAGUGUGGGUGUUGUGUAAGGAAACCCGCAAGGAAUUUUCAACAAAGUACAGGCGGAAUUAUAUCGUGCAGAUAAAUUUGGAGACUAAAUUGGCAGAGUGCGAAUGCAAGCUGUUUGAAAGUGACGGUAUACUUUGCAGGCACAUUAUAAAAGUGUAUGACAUGCAUGACAUUCAAGAUGUCCCAGAUGUUUAUAUUCUUCGUAGAUGGAGGAAAAAUGUGUCAAGGAAGCACUCGCGCGUGAAGGUGGUGUACCAUGAUCCAAGUAAGACCGAAGAUGUCAUGAAGCAUGAUAAAUUAAUGCUAGCAUACGAGCCAAUCAGUUUGAAGGCGUCAACGAAUCCCGAGUGCAUUAAAAUCGUGAUGGAUACAUUGAAGGUGUUGGAGAAGCGGUUGGAUCAACAGUUGAUUGGUGUGGAAGAUAUGGAUGCUGAUGAGACACAGGAUGAUGUUGGUACUCCUGGUUUGUCUCAAACCAACAAGAAGAGGGAAACUACUCCAAAAUCUGUUACCAAUGGGUGCAGUCAAACCAAAAACAAGAGGACCACCAAAAGUACCCCUAAGUCUGUGAACAAACGAAACAAAUGUGCAACACCUCCUGAUAACGUCAUGGUGAAUGAUCCUGUGGCAAGAAAUAAACCACAUAGGACACCAAGUUGUAGGCACCGUUCUUGUGUUGAGCCAAAAAAGAAAACACCCAUAAGGAGAAGGAGAAGCAAAACAAAUGAUGUUGCUGGUUGCUCACAGGAACCUCCCACGCGGGGCGCUGAUGAUGUUGAGUUGACACACACUUCUGCUGGGGGUAUUGAGAUGUUAUCUCAAGAUGGGUUAGUUGGGUAUUUCACCAGCAUAGUUGGAGGAGAUGAUGGACUUGACAUUGUUGGUGAUGUUGGUGAUGUUGGUGAUGAUGGACUUGGACUUGACAAUGUUGAUGAUCUUUUAUGCCGAAAUUCUCUUGGGUGGGAUAAGUGA